AAGAAACUAACACACCCCUAGUUAACACAGUCCGAUGACAUUGAAAAUGAAGUACAAAAUUGAACCCCCUUUCUUCUAUUUUUACCAUAAUUCCAAAUAAUGCCGCCAAAAUGUCCCCUAAGCAUUUCCCUUUCUUUUCCCAUUAAUUCCUUGUUGGUCAUUGCCCUCAUCAAAUCACAUUCCGAUAUUGUUCCAUCUUUUCAUCAGGCAAUUACUGGCCGUCAGCAGCUGUAGCAGAGAUAUGGGGUGUGUUCAGGUCAAGUCUACUUCCACCUACUCGCCAUCUCAGCGUUUACAGAAGUUGAAACAGGUACAUACUUAUGCUCAGAGAGGGGAUGAAGUGCAGAAAUUGCCAAGGGAGGAUAGUAAUAGAAUGUUGGUUAGACAUGAAGGGGAGGUUAAAAAUGUUGGUAUGGUUAAUGGGGCUAAAGGAGGUGUCCAACAGGUGAUUACCAAGGAAGGGGAGAUUGUUAGGAACGAUUGUGCUAAUGGAAAAUUUUCGCAAAGACAUGUGUCAAAGAAGAUUGGAGGUGAUGAGCUUAUUGAUGGGUGGCCUAAAUGGCUUGUUGAUAAUAUUUCUACAGAGGUUUUGGUUGGUUUGGUUCCAAAGAGUGCUGAUUCCUAUGAUAAGCUUGACAAGGUGGGGCAAGGAACCUAUAGCAAUGUGUACAAAGCUCGAGACAGAUGCACUGGAAAGAUUGUUGCUUUGAAGAAGGUCCGUUUUAACACUUCAGAGCCUAAGAGUGUUAAAUUUAUGGCAAGAGAGAUUACGAUACUGCAGAAGCUAAAUCAUCCAAAUAUAAUCAGCCUUGAAGGACUGGCCACUUCAAGGAUGCAGUACAGUCUUUAUCUUGUUUUCGAUUUCAUGCAGUCAGACUUAACCAAAGUUAUAUCUCGUCCAGGCGAGAAGCUUACUGAACCCCAGAUCAAGUGUUACAUGCAACAGCUGCUUUCAGGUCUCCAGCACUGCCAUGAAAGAGGAAUCUUGCAUCGAGACAUUAAAGGUUCCAACCUGUUGAUAGACAGGAAUGGGGUGCUGAAAAUUGCAGAUUUUGGCCUUGCCAAUUCUUUCAGACCUAAACCAAAACGCCCCGUUACGAGCCGGGUUGUAACACUUUGGUAUAGAGCUCCAGAACUACUAUUAGGUUCCACAGAUUAUGGUGUUGGGAUUGAUCUCUGGAGUGCGGGUUGCCUGUUAGCUGAGAUGUUUGCUGGAAGGCCAAUUAUGCCUGGAAGGACAGAGGUUGAGCAGCUUCAUCGAAUCUUUAAGCUUUGUGGCUCACCCUCAGAGGAAUAUUGGAAAAAGUUGAAGCUACCAGCAAGCUUCCGGCCUCCACAGCAUUACAAGCCUGGAUAUCAAGAAGCAUUUGGAGACUUCCCCGAUUCUUCAUUUCGUCUCUUGACAAUGCUUCUAGCUCUGGACCCAUCAUAUCGUGUCACUGCAGCUUCUGCCCUUCAAAGUGAAUUCUUUUCUUCAAGUCCAUUGGCAUGUGAACUUUCAGGUCAACCAGUAAUAUACAAAGAGGCGGAUGAACCAUAUGAAACCAAAGAUCGAAAGACGCGCAGAACUUCGAAAACAAAGCAAUCCUCCAGAAGGAAACAUGAAUAUCAUGGGACAAAGGACCUAAUGACAGAACAAAAGAAAGAUGAUACCGAUACUUCCAGGGAGAAAGGACAUGAAACAUGUAAUAGUGGACGCAGCGGUACUUCUUCUAGUCUGAAGACAAUCAAGCAUGACAAAGACCUACGUGCUGCAUCGCUUUCUCCUAUUCUACGUUCCAAUUCAAAAAUAGCACCAAGAACCGAGGCUCAUCCCAAUGCUACUCAGAACAUUCAGAAUUCCACUCUUUUACAGGGUUCUAUCAUGAAAAACAACCUUGGCAAUCCUCAACACCGCAGGUCUUUCUCUACAUUGGAUUUCCGAACACUCGAUCCAGACAAGAUAUCAAAACUCUUUGGUGUGGAAUGAAGAGUACGUGAUGGGACAUAAUCUCUCUUUUUUUAAUUAAAAAAGCCAUAGUCUAAAAAAAUAAAAAAAAUUAUAAAUAAUAAAAUUUGAAUAUCAAACCUUCUUAAUACUGUCACUUUUAAAAGUGAUUGUAUUAACUGAAUAGACUAAAUUUCGAGUUUUUGAGUUGUCUAGUUGCUAAGAUGACAGGCUCAAUAGGCUUCCCAUGCAUGAGUUAUACAAGUUUUUUUUUUUUUUUUUUGUGUGGAUGGAAAACAAAAUUACAAAAGAAUUUUAUUCAGGAAUUUAGGAUUAGACAUGACAAUUUAUGUUACCGUAUUAUGUAAAAUAUUAUAUUCGUAUC